GCAGCGCCUCUCCAUGCACCAGCGCCCCCAGAUGCACCGGCUGCCAGGGCCGUUCCAGCGCGUCAGCCCCACUGCUCCCCGCCGCCCGCAGCCGCGCGUCCUCGUGGGACACAGACAGCUCCACACCGCUGGUGCUCCCGUGUCCGAGAAACCCAAGGGGUCAAGGGACAGGCUAAGCUACACAGCCCCUCCCACAUUUAAGGAGCAUGUGACAAAUGAAAACAACAGAGGUGAAAUACCCAGUGAACCCAGCGAACCUGCCCACAUUAUGGCUGGCAAUACUGUGCAAGUGGAAGAACCACCCACGUCUCCUGAGAAAAUGUGGUCUAAAGAUGAAAAUUUUGAACAGAGAAGAUCACUGGAGUGUGCUCAGAAGGCUGCAGAGCUUCGAGCUUCUAUUAAAGAGAAUGUAGAGCUGAUACGACUUAAGAAGCUCUUACAUGAAAGGAAUACCUCAUUGGUAGAGACAAAAGCACAAUUAACAGAAGUUCAAGAGGCACAUGAAACCUUGCUCCAAAAGAAGGAGGGAAUCCUGAGUGCAGCCCAUGAUGCUCUCCUCAGUCUAGUGAAGGAGCUCAGGGCAGAGCUGAAGGAAGAAAGCAAGAAGGCUAUGAGCUUGAAGAGCCAGCUGGAAGAUGUCUCUAUCUUGCAGAUAACUUUAAAGGAGUUUCAGGAGAGAAUUGAAGAUCUGGAAAAAGAACGAAAGUUGCUGAAUGAAAAUUACGACAAACUCUUAGAAAACAUGCUGGACAGCAGUAAUCAACCUCAUUGGAACGAUGAGCUCAAGGGAGAACAGCUACAGCAGCAAAUCUCUCAGUUGCAGAAUCAGCUGGAUGCUGAGCUGGAGGAGAAGAAAAACAUCAUACUUGAGCUGUCUAGAGAAAAAGCCCAAAACAAGGACCUGAAACUUGAAAUCACCAACAUGAUUCAGAAACAUAAACAGGAAAUAGAGCUCCUCCAAAAAGCAUCCCCAAUUUCCCGAUUUCCUGAUGUGCAACCUGAACCAGCCACUUACCCAGAGCCCAGUGAACCAAAAAACCAAGAAGAAAAUAAACUGUCCCGGAUGUUAAGUGAGUUGCAAGUAUCCCACGCAGAGACCACAUUGGAACUAGAAAAGACCAGAGACAUGCUCAUUCUACAGCGCAAAAUCAACGUGUGUUAUCAGGAGGAACUGGAGGCGAUGAUGUCGAAAGCUGAUAAUGAAAAAAGUGAUCACCAAGAAAAACUGGAUAGGUUGAACCAACUCCUAGAUCUCAAGAACAACCGUAUCAAGCAGCUGGAAGAACAGCUCAAAGAUGUUGCUUAUGGCACCCGACAGUUGUCAUUAUGCCUGGAAACACUGCCAGCCCAUGGAGAUGAGGGUGAAGUGGAUGUUUCCCUGCUGCAUCAGAGUGAGAAUCUUUUUGAACUGCACAUCCGCCAGGCCUUCCUGACAUCUGCUGCCUUGGCUCAGGCUGGAGAUACCAAACCUACCACUUUCUGCACCUACUCCUUCUAUGAUUUUGAAACCCACUGUACCCCACUAUGUGUGGGACCACAGCCCCUCUAUGACUUCACCUCCCAGUAUGUGGUGGAGAUAGAUUCCCUUUUCUUGCAAUAUCUUCAAGGGGCUUCAGCCCAGCUUGAGCUACACCAAGCUGUGGCCUGUGAGCACAACACCCUUGCAGCUGGAUGGAUUUGCUUUGACAGGGUGCUAGAGACGGUGGAGAAAGUCCAUGGCUCGGUCAUACUUACUGGAGUUGGUGGAGAAGAGUUUGGGGUGCUAGAGUACUGGAUGAGGCUGCGUUUCCCCAUAAGACCCAGCCUGCAGGCAUACAAUAAACGAAAGAAAGCCCAGGUCUACCUGUGUGGAGCCUGGGAGGCCCGGGAGGAUGAGUCCAGAUCAGAGACUUGGAAACCUCAGAAUGAGCUGCGGAUUGAAAUCACCAGGUGCUGCGGCCUCCAGAGUCGAUGUCUGGGAACCCAACCCAGUCCAUACGCCAUGUACCGCUUCUUCACCUUUUCUGACCAUGACACUACCAUCAUUCCAGCCAGUAACAAUCCCUACUUUAGAGACCAGGCUCGGUUCCCAGUGCUUGUGAACUCUGACCUGGAUCAAUAUCUGAGGCGGGAAGCCUUGUCUAUAUACGUUUUUGAUGAUGAAGACUCAGCACCUGGUUCAUACCUUGGCCGAGUCCAAGUGCCCUUGCUGUCGCUUGCGCAAAACAAAUCUAUUAAAGGUGAUUUUAACCUUUUUGACCCUGCGGGGAAACCUAAUGGAUCUAUUCAAGUGCAACUGGAUUGGAAGUCUCCCUAUGUACUUCCUGAGCACUUCCUGAAAACAGAAGGUGAGACUGAGGAAAAUGACGACAAUUUUGAGAUCUCAUCUGAAGAGGAAGAGGCUUCCUUUCCUCCCCAGGACCAGAAGGCAUCUGCUGAGAUUCCCAUCGAAGCUGACCAGUAUCAAGCAAAGAAAAAACCUGCUCAGAUGGGAGAAAGAAAGGAAAAAGAACACAAGGUUGCAAGUUACUCAAGAAGAAAACAUGGCAAAAGAACAGGUGUUCAAGGAAAAAACAGAAUGGAGUAUCUUAGCCGUAACAUCUUAAAUGGAAAUACAUUACAAGUGAACUACACUGAGUGGAAGUUCUCAGGGCUUAAAAUCUCUACACAUGAUGGUGUUGAAAAACAGCAUGAGGAAGAAGAAAUGACCCAACAGCUUGUAAAUGGUGAAGUAUCCUGUGAACAAGCUUCUGAGGGCAGUGAAGCACAAACCACAGACAGUGACGACAUAGUGACACCUGUGUUUCAGAAAUGUCCCAAGGCAGUUUCAGAGAAGAUGUGCAUUGAAAUUGUCUCCCUGGCCUUCUACCCAGAGGCUGAAGUGAUGUCUGAUGAGAAUAUAAAACAGGUGUAUGUGGAGUACAAAUUCUAUGAUGUACCUUUGUCAGAGACAGAGACUCCAGUGUCCCUGAGGAAACCGAGGCCAGGAGAAGAGAUCCACUUCCACUUUAGCAAAGUGAUAGACCUGGACCCACUGGAGCAGCAAGGCCGAAGGCAAUUUCUGUUCACCAUGCUGAAUGGACAAGAUCCUGAGCAAGGAUGUUUAAAGUUUACAGUAGUAAGUGAUCCUAUAGAUGAAGAAAAGAACGAAUGUGAAGACGUAGGAUAUGCGUAUCUUGAACUGUGGCAGAUCCUGGAAUCAGGAAGAGAUAUUCUAGAGCAAGAACUAGACAUUGUUAGCCCCGAAGAUCAGGCUACCCCAAUAGGAAGGCUGAAGGUUUCCCUUCAAGCAGCUGCUGCCCUCCAUGCUAUUUACAAGGAGAUGACUGAGGAUUGUUUUCAUGAAGGAAAAAGUGCUAUUCCAUUCUAAAAUCUGAGGGAAACUUACAGUAAAAAGUCUCUUAUAAAGUAACUUGGUAUA